AUGCCUGAAAAUUUAGUGGGCCGCAUGGAACGGGUCCCAAGCGCCUUGUGCGUCGGCUCCCCCUACAACUACGACCCCGUGUGUGGCACCGACGGGGUCACGUACCCAAACCUGUGCAGCCUCCAGAUCGCCGGCUGCCUUAGCGAUCAAGACUUGACGCUGGCCUACCCGGGCGAGUGCAAAGACGACUGUGACUUGGAUUGCCCCGCCAACUACGACCCCGUGUGUGGCUCCGACGGGGUCACGUACCCCAACCUGUGCAGCCUCCAGGUCGCCGACUGCCUUAGCGAUCAAACAUGCUUGGCUCACCAGGGAGAGUGCCAAGCGCCUUGUGACGUCGGCUGCCCCUACAACUACGACCCCGUGUGUGGCACCGACGGGGUCACGUACCCCAACCUGUGCAGCCUCCAGGUCGCCGACUGCCUUAGCGAUCAAGACAUUGCUCUGGCAUACCCGGGAGAGUGCCAGGCGAGGCGGGAAGCGUGUGACCUCCUCUGCCCCGCCAACUAUGACCCCGUGUGUGGCACCGACGGGGUCACGUACCCCAACCUGUGCAACUUGCAGGCCGCCGACUGUCUCAGUGAGAACGACAUAACCCUGGCUCACCAGGGAGAGUGCCAAGCGCCUUGUGACGUCGGCUGCCCCUACAAGUACGACCCCGUGUGUGGCACCGACGGGGUCACGUACCCCAACCUGUGCACCUUGCAGGUCGCCGAUUGCCUUAGUGAUGAAGAUAUUGCACUGGCACACACAGGCACUUGCUGAUGAAGGAAAUGAGGAUCUAUAUAACUCAUAAGUUUGUGCUUGUCAGUCAGUCAUAAUAACAGUUAUGAAAAUAAGUAAAUGUAUAUGAAUGUUAUGUAAGUGUAAUCGUAAAAUCUUAUUAUGUGAUUCGUGUUAUGAAAUAUAUUGUAAAAAUGUAUAUCACAUAUAGUUUAUUGAAACUUGUUCAAAAUUUAUGUUAUUUGUGUUAAGUUAAUUAAAUAAAUAGGUCCAUGUAA